AUGGGCAAACACCACAACGAUUUGGAUAUCAUUAAGUUCAUUGUGGACUUUGAGGACGGCUCCCAGAAGGAGGUCCCCGUGGCUUCGGUGGACGAGGUUGUGGUGCUGAUUCCAGAGGGCACCACCUACCAGAUGACCAUUGUGUUCAAGGUCGAAAACCGUACUUUGAAGAACUUGAAGUACAAACAGGUUGUCAAAAAAGGCGGCAUUCCUUUGAAGAACAAGGAGCUCUACAUUGGCGACGAGUACGCUCCUGGCGAGCACUCGAAGCAGUUCGAAAAGGACACCACCCCCUCUGGCUUCCUCUACAGAGGCACCUUCCCAUCCACGUCCACCUACUACGCUGGCGACGAGGAGCUCUUCACUUCUCCCUGGACCUUGGAGGUGACCAAGAAGGCCUAA